UCUCUAUUUUCAAACAUGGGGAUUGCAACCCAAAACAAAAGGUGAGAGUAUACUACUAGUAGUAGUUUAUUUUCCCGGUCGUCCCCGUUUGAAUUCAUUAGCUUUUCCACCGACUCUUGUUGGCCUUUUCCAUCACCAAAAAUCCCCAUUUCUCUCUCACACCCAGUUCAUCUCUCAGUCCAAAAACCCUAGAAAAAUCAACCAUGAAGACCAAGACGCCAUUGAAGCAGCUCAAGCUAUCAGUCCCUAAGCAAGAAACCACCAUCAACAGCUUCUUGACUGCGAGUGGGACCUUUCACGAUGGGGAUUUGCUCUUGAACCGAAAGGGUUUGCGGCUGAUAUCCGAGGAGAACGAAUCCCUUCCUUCGGAAAGCAAGGAGCUUGAUCUCCAAUUCUCGCUGGAAGACCUCGAGACCAUGAAAGUCAUUGGGAAGGGUAGUGGUGGACUGGUUCAACUUGUCCGUCAUAAAUGGGUUGGAACGUUAUUUGCCUUGAAGGUUAUCCAGAUGACCAUACAAGAGGAAAUACGUAAACAAAUUGUGCAGGAACUAAAAAUAAAUCAAGGAUCACAAUGCCCCAAUGUUGUAGUUUGCUAUCAUUCUUUCUAUCAUAACGGAGUUAUUUCUCUUGUGUUAGAAUACAUGGAUCGCGGGUCUUUGACAGAUAUAAUUAGACAAGUUAAAACGAUCCUCGAACCAUACCUUGCAGUUGUCUGUAAGCAGGUUUUGCAGGGUCUUGUGUAUUUGCACAACGAAAGACAUGUAAUUCAUAGGGACAUUAAACCAUCCAACCUGCUGGUUAACCACAAAGGGGAAGUAAAGAUAACAGAUUUUGGUGUGAGUGCAAUGCUGGCCAAUUCGAUGGGUCAAAGGGAUACAUUUGUUGGUACUUACAAUUACAUGGCACCUGAAAGAAUCAGUGGAAGCACUUAUGACUACAAGAGUGAUAUUUGGAGUUUGGGAAUGGUAAUUAUGGAGUGUGCUAUAGGACGUUUUCCAUACAUCCAAACUGAAGAACAUCAAGCUUGGCCAAGCUUUUACGAGCUUUUGGAGGCCAUUGUGGGAAGCCCACCACCUUCUGCUCCACCGGAUCAGUUCUCCCCUGAGUUCUGCUCAUUUGUAUCAUCCUGCAUCCAAAAGGACCCUCAAGAUAGAUUGCCAGCUCUGGACCUUCUGAAUCACCCAUUCAUCAAGAAGUUUGAGGAUAAGGACAUUGAUCUUGGGAUUCUGGUUGGUAGCUUGGAACCUCCUGUAAAUUUUCCCAGAUAAUCUGUCUUGGAAAAUCAUGUAUUGAGUGUAAAAUGUUUCCCCCUUAUAUGUAUCACUUGACAGUUUACUAUUAACAUUACCUAAAGCUUAUAGCUGAAAAAUGAAGCAAAUGUUGUAACUUGACCUAGUACUUCUCAGAGGGUACAAAACAAAAUGAGGAAAACCUAGCUUUCCAUUGUAGAAGCAA